AUGAGUUCUAUAAAGUUGUUAUCAUUCCCUUUUCUGAUAUUCUCAGAAAUUGUUCGUUCGAUGGGAAUUAUGGAGAUAUUCGAACUGUCUCAAGUGUCACGUCGGGCACUGAAUUACCUGAAUCUAGCAAGAAUAUCAAAACAGAUGGUUAAUGUUGUCACUGGACAGAGGGAUGCGAUUUCUUUUUUUAACACUAAUAAUCCAACAGAGAAUGAACUCAGAAUUCAUUUUCUCAAAACAUCUGAACCGAUAAUUGGCCAAAUCAAGGUGAACAAUGUUUGCAUCAAUGUUUGUGAAAGAGACGGAAGUACAAAAACUAUUCGAUGUAAUUCUAACCAAUUCGCAUACGGUCUUGUUCAUAUGAUGACACAUUUCGACAAAUUAUUCUAUCGAAUGGAAUACGCUAUUGGAAUUAAAUUGAGCACAAUCCGAGGAGACGGAGAGAUCUUAUCAAAUGGAGACUGUGAAUAUCUACUGGAAACGACUCGGCCAACUCUUGGAAUUACAAUAUUCAACAAAUUGAGUCCUGAUUUUAAUUACAAAAAGAUUCUUCAUUUCUCCCGUCUCCGUGUACCGAAUCUGGGAAAAAUGCCUCUGGAAGACUUGAAGGCGUUGGAUAGUGAGAUUGCGAAUCUGGGGAAUCACCAGUUCUCUGAAACUGAUAUCAAUGAGUUCCUCCAUCACUGGAUUAAGGGAAAUAAUGGAAAAUUGAGACGACUGAAACUGGAUGGAUUCAAAGAAGCACCAGAUUGGGAUAUCUUAUUGAAAGACAUAGUUUAUACGGCAUGGAAUACAAAAGAGAGAAAAAGAUAUUACAAAUCAAAAUACACUGACGAAGUGGAAACCAUCAAUUGUGAAAAUGGAAAGGAUUUCAUGGACAAGGAUGGACAACUGGCUACUGUAGUUCAUCAUUCAGAAUUCUUGGACAUUUUGAUUCUUCAUUUCUCUCGUCUCCGUGUACCAAACCUUGGUAAGAUGCCUCUGGAAGACUUGAAGGCGUUGGAUAGUGAAAUUGCGAAUCUGGGGAAUCACCAGUUUACAGAAGCGGAUAUCAAUGAGUUCCUCCAUCACUGGAUUAAGGGAAACAAUAGAAAAUUAAGACGUCUGAAGUUAGACGGAUUCAAAGAAGCUCCAGAUUGGGAUGUUCUUCUGAAGGAUAUCGUUUAUACGGAAUGGAAUCCAAAAGAGAGAGGAAGAUAUUACAAAUCUAAAUACACGCAUACAGAGGAAAUAAUCGAUUGUGAGAAUGGAAGGGAUUUCAGAAACAAGGAUGGACAACUGGCUACUGUAGUUCAUCAUUCGGAAUUCUUGGAUUUUCUGGUUUGGAAUGAUAGGUUCCUAAAAUACUUCGGAAAGCGCUAG